AUGUUGAAUUCUCUUGAAGGAGUCUCAUGUAAUGCUGUAACUGGUUCACUGUAUGCAUUUCCAAAAAUUGUUCUACCACAAAAAGCCAUUGAAGAAGCUAUGGUAAGGCAUCAAAAGGGUCUGGUCAGCGUAUUAUACUAUGGUAUCUUUCCACCCUUUACCCAAAAGCCCCGGGGGGGGGGGGUACUGCCAUAUAUGGGCUAUAUAGGUAUGUGCCGCUGUGAAGGGUAUGGUUUUCAAGCAGUUUACUCUGGGAUAGGGUAUAUAAAUCAGAGCGUUUGGCUCUAGAAUAGGGUAUCAUUUUUCAGGAAACUGAUCAGUUGGUUGAAGAUUUUAUCUAGACUAGGUACACAGCUACUCUAGGAUAGGGGGAUUUGGGGAUUUUACUCUAGUAUAGGGUAGCAAAAUUCAGCUGAACUAGCUCUGGUAAAGGUUAAGGGUUCCAGGCUCCCAACGGCACAUCCCCACCCAGAAAUUCCUAAAGUACCCCCCCCCCCCCGGGCCAAAAGCCCACAACGAAAAUCUGGUUGCAUUCGGAGUCGUGUGUGGCCGAGCGGUUAACACCUCAACUUCGGAUCUGGAGACCCGGGGUUCAAGCCCCGCUCAUCGCGUUGUUUCCUUAGAAAAGAAACUUUACUCCACUUUGUUCACCCAAGGGUAUAAACGGGUACCGGCGACAUCACUGCUGAAGGGUAACCCUGCGAUGGACCUGCAUCCCAUCUAGGGGGGAGUAGCAAUACUCCUCGGCAUGCUUCACGCUAAGGGCCGGGAUAAGUUCCGGCCAUUCGGGCCUUUGGCUCGUGUGCGUCUUUACGUUUUCUACCACAACGAAAAUCUGCUUUUUUUCCAGCUUAAGAAAUGCACACCAGACGAGUUCUACUGUUGGCGGAUGCUAGAAGAAACUGGCAUAAGUCCUGUUCCAGGGAGUUCUUUCGGACAAAAAGAAGGAACGUAUCAUUUUAGGUCAGAGCUAACUGUUUCCAUUUAUGGUCCUUGUUUCUUUGUUAUAUUUAACAAUUAUUCCUCUCGCCCUCUGAUGGGCUCUAGCUGAGUCAAUAGCCCAUGAGGCGGUAUGGCGAAUGGGCUUUUGACUCAGCUAGAGCCCAAGAGGGCGAGAGGAAUAAUUGUUUUAGUAAAAUGCAACCCGUUGGUGAAAAAAUAUCGAGGCAAAACAACUUUAGCUAGCAAAACGCGAUUCAGCCGCCAUUGGUAGUGGGCUAUAACAUAUAGCCUAGUAGUAGCUCAACCAAUCAGAACGCAGAAUUGAUUUAUAGACCACCAGUUGGAUUUUACUAAAUAUAUUUACCUUUCUUGUGGGUUGAUGGGAGAAACUCAUCACUGACGAUGUGGGUCAGAGAAAUGCUAAGCAGGUUUCUUGAGAUACACCCUCUUUAAAAAAAAAACAAAAGUACGGAGACUUAACUAUGCUAAAACGGGCAACAAAAACGAGCAACUUGUUCUGAAACAUUGCUGCUAAAUGUGCAAGUAUUUAAAAGCAAUGUGCGAGAUGUGCGGUAUGCACCCUGGCAGAGUUUGGGCUUUUUUCCCAGUGGCGGAUCAAGAGGAGGGGCCCGAGGGGCCCUCCUCCCCCUUAUUUUUCGACCAAAAUAAGGCCCGAAGGGCCGAAAAAAAGUUUUUUGGAGACCGGGCCCCCACUUAUCUUAGGGUCUGGAUGACCGGCGCCCCCUCCUUAUCUGAAGGUCUGGAUUAGUCACUGUUUCCUAUGAUAGAGAAGGCUUUCCUACAAAAACGGCGCACCAGCUCGGAAGGUUGUAGGGAUAACCUUCCUUAUGGAGAAACCUUGUGCCAGGUAGAAGGGUCACUCGCCUAUAUGCACGAGCUGCCCUGGGCAAGCAAACGUUCCCUACAUUUCCUUACAAAACUUGGCGAUCGAGCCGUUUACACCAGAAACAAAAAGUUGGCUCGGCAGGGUCACCUCCUAGCCGGGGUAACUUUACUCCAUAUACAGUGGAACCUCGAUAUAACAAACCUCUCUAUAACGAAGUCUUGCUUAGCGAUUAAUUUGCCCCAGUAAUAGUAAAAUAUAUGGAAAAGAACCUUGAUAUAACGAAGCCUCAUUAUAGCGAACAAAUUUCGCCAGUCCCUUGGCCCUUUUUAAAAUCGAGUUUCCACUGUACAGGUAUUUCGAGGAGAAAGGUUGUCAAAAAAAGUGCCCGCGACAAUCCCGACAGGUAUUGUGUGUGGUUUUGACCUUCCGUCCCUCUGUUCUUUUCUCCAUUAGUACUUUAUUAAAAGUCCUUUUUUUUCCUGGUUGGUUAUGCCAUUUUAAAGGAACUUUCAUACCUGUUUGGCGCGAAGUUCACCUGUCGAAAAUUCUACCGGUGACGUCAUGACAAUUGACCAAUAGAACAGUCACAGCAUAUGUCAAUCAUUUUUUUUUUCCGCUUGAAUUUAUAAAUAUGAUUCAAAUCCUUUCUGGCGAAACAAGUCGACCUUAAGACUUCGUCGCUCGCUCGGUCGCUGUGCGACCUCAUGCAUUGAACCUUGCUUCGUUCAUUUUCAAGAACUUAUGAGAAGUUGACUUGUAGCAAGUCUACUUCUCCAUAUAAACGGGGUAUUAUUAAAAUUAAGUAAAUGCGACAAAAAGCGGAAUAAAACAGGGUCGUUUUAGUUUGAGAAUUUUUAUUUUUUUUUUGCCGCAGGUUAACCAUCUUGCCAUCUGAGGAAAAGGUAGUUCCCAUGUUCGACAGAAUUAGCAAGUUUCAUAAGGAAUUUAUGGACAAAUACAGAAAUAACAAUGAUAAUAGGAACUAA